AAUGAAUACGUGUCUGAAUCACACUCUCAACUUGUUAUCUACACAAAGUGUUGGAGUAGCCGAUCAGCUGUUUGCAGCCUUGAUACAAACAUUAUUAACAGUCCAAUGUGCCGUCUCGCCAGAAGGAAUGUGGCCCCGAGAUUAUGGACGAAUUGCAACGAAACGGGAACUUGAUGUGUACGACUUCGUUGUGAUUGGUGGUGGAACAGCUGGAUCGAUAGUAGCGAGUCGACUGAGCGAAAACCCCAAAUGGAAUGUAUUGUUGCUUGAGGCCGGUGGAGAUCCUCCAUUUGAAUCCGAAAUUUUCGGCUUUGAAUCCACACUUCGAGGCACGCAUGUGGACUGGCAGUUUAGCGCAAAGUCAUCGAAAGCAUGUCAAGCACAACCGGAUGGCUGCUUUUGGCCGAGUGGUAAAAUGUUAGGUGGUUCGUCAAGCAUAAACGGUAUGGUUUAUGUGCGUGGCAAUAAGUUCAAUUACGAUUAUUGGUCCGAGCUGGGCAACACUGGCUGGGACUAUGAAAACGUGUUGCCCUAUUUUAAGAAAAGUGAGUGCAAUCAGAAUGCUUCCGUGGUUGCAUUCAAGGGCGGGCGUUACCAUAGCAAUAAGGGACCGAUGAAGAUCGAAACGUUUGGAGAUUUCCUGGCUACAGACCGAAUAUUCAUCGAUGCAGCUGUGGAAAGUGGCAUGAAACCUGUCGAUGAUAUAAAUGCCGAUGAAACAAGCGGAUAUGUGAAUCUUCAAGGAACGAUUUUCCAUGGUCGCCGACAGAGUAGCGCUAAGGCAUAUUUGAUUCCAGCCAAACAUCGAUCCAAUUUGCAUGUCAUUAAAAAUGCGCUCGUCCAAACCAUUCUGGUCAACAAGCGCAACCUAGCCUAUGGUGUACGGUUUGAUUACAAUAACGGUACAAUCAUGGAGGCGUAUGCCCGUAAAGAAGUGAUUUUAUCAGCUGGUGCCAUUAUGAGUCCAGUACUGUUGAUGCUAUCAGGCAUCGGACCGCUUGAUCAAUUGAACAAACACAAAAUCAAACCGAAAAAGUACUUGAACGGCGUCGGCAAGAAUCUGUACGAUCAUCUCGUUGUUCGAAUGUUCUUCACCUUCGAUCCAACCGAAACGCCACAAUCUUCCGAAUUCGAUAAUUUGUAUCAAUUUGCCAUUCACAACAGCGGACCGUUGGUGUCAAUGCGACAGGUGAGCGGGUACCUAAAUUCAAAGAACGAUUCGACGCGUCCAGCCGAUAUUCAAUUCUACCACGCCUAUUUCGGACGGAACAGUUCCGCAUUCGCUUCCUACAUGAAACGGGAACGCUUCAAUGACGACACAUUGCAGCAACUGCUGUCGUUGAAUACGGAUCGGGAUGUUGCUGUGGUCUUUUCCCUUGACCUGCAACCGAAAUCGAAUGGAUAUAUCGAAUUGAACGGAACAGAUGUCCGCAAUAAGCCAAUUAUCACUCCGAAGUACUUCGAUCGGAGGGAGGACAUGGAAACUAUGCUGCGCGAAGUGAAGCGGCAGAUAGCAUUCACCGAUUCCGAGUCGUACAGAGCGCAUGGCGGUCAAUUUGCCUGGUUGCCAUUGAAAGCUUGCCAACAGUUCGAAAUGAAGUCAGACGCGUAUUUGGAGUGCUACAUUCAACAAUUGACCGACACCGCUUACCAUUAUGUGGGCACUUGUAAAAUGGGUAUCGGUACGGAUUCAGAAGCUGUUGUUGAUUCGAACCUACGAGUAUAUGGUGUCGAUGCACUACGAAUCGUCGAUGGCAGCAUAAUGCCGUACAUAACAUCGGGAAACACAAAUGCUCCAAUCACUAUGAUUGCAGAGAAGGCUUCCGAUUAUAUUAAAAGUCAAUAUCGUGCCAGCAUCGCAAGUCGCAAUCGAAUCGUUUUUCGAUACAGCUGAGCAUCACUGUAUCCUGAUAAUUCUUUAGGGCCGCCUAAGUGUUUUAAGGUUUUUUUGGGGAU